GCCGAUAGCUCGACAACUUAGUCUAACUAGCUAGCUGCUUAGUUAUCUAGCUAUUCAGCCUAUGUUGCUCGUUUGAGAAUUCAAUGUGUUUCUGCAAUGUCAUUAAGAACUUAAAUGUUGUAGCUAGUACUACCAUGGGUCACUCGGACUCCCGAGCUAGGCACAUAGGUACGAUGUGCUAUCUUGAAUUGCUAAAUUUACUUUUAGACAUGAAUUUGCCAGCCUGAGGCUACAGGCUAGUUAAUAGCUGAGUAAUGGAGGUAUCGCUGCACAGUAGUAAGCUAACUUAAACAACGCUAUAUAGCUAGCUAGUAUUUAUGAAUGCCAUCAGGUAUGAACACAGACGUGGACAACACCUGUGACAUAGUUGUGAAACGUAACUCUUGGUCUUCCAAAAAGAGGACUAGGGACGGAAUGAGGAGUGAUUUCACUCCAGCUAAGAAACGCGCGAGUGCCUUACUCGGUAAAUGUCAUCCGAAUGCUGAGCAGAAUGCUGUACCUCAGAUGACGGAAAAGGAAGACACAGUCAAAGAGCAGUACUACAGUGAUAAUGAAGAUCUUUUUGAUGGCUAUGACAGCAUCAUGGAUGACUCCUCCUUCCUUGCUAAACUUGAGGAUGUGGAACAGAACAUAGAGGAACAUGAAAACAGUUGUUUGGCCCAACAGACUGCUAAAAGCAUUAAACACUCUUGUGAGGAUGAUCUCACUGAUUCUGUUUUAACAGAGGCUUUUCAUGAUGCCUCACUAAGGGAAUUUCCAGCCUCCCACACUGUAUUUCAGCGAGACGUGUCAAACAUCAAAAUUCCCACUCUCGGCAUCGUGAGCACAUCCACCCCAGAUGUGAAACAAUCAAAGCAACCUGCUAUUUCUACAAAUACUUAUAUAGAUAGCAACAAAUCAGCACCAAAGGCUAGAAGAAGCAUGACGGAUCAGUUGAAGAGAGCAAUGCUGGAAAAUGCAGCCUCGUCUAACAGGAUCUCCAAGACUGUUCUGCAGAAGGAAGCUGUGAUGAGUGAAGAAAUUAAUGUUGCCAUGCAGGCCAUUGAAUCUGUUUCCAUGGAAGGGGACCUUGGUCCUUUCUUUGGCCUUCCAUCCAAAGUCAAGGAUUUGAUCUUAAGACUGAAGGGAAUCCAGGACUUGUAUGAGUGGCAAAAGGCAUGUCUGAGCUUGGACUCAGUGAUACAGCGAAGGAAUCUUAUCUACUCUUUACCAACUAGUGGUGGGAAGACCCUGGUCGCAGAGAUUCUUAUUCUCAAAGAGAUUCUUUGUCGAAAGAAGGAUGCAGUUCUUAUCUUACCAUAUGUAUCCUUGGUGCAAGAAAAGGUUCGAGGGUUGUCUAGUUUUGGUAUCGAGUUGGACUUUAUGGUGGAGGAGUAUGCUGGGAGUAAAGGAAAGUUCCCUCCAGUGAAAAGAAGAGCCAAGAAUUCUCUUUACAUCACCACAAUUGAGAAGGGCCACAGCCUUGUUAACUCACUGAUCGAGACACACCGACUGGACAAUAUUGGGCUGGUUGUUGUUGAUGAGCUCCACAUGCUUGGUGAUGGCAGCAGAGGGGCAGUUCUAGAAAUGACUUUGGCAAAAGUGAAGUAUGUCUGCAAGGGGACACAAAUCAUUGGAAUGAGUGCAACCUUGGGCAACGUUGGAGAUCUCCAGAAGUUCCUAAGUGCUGAAAACUACACUAAUGACUUCAGACCUGUCCAACUGAAAGAAUAUGUGAAACUGAGGGACAGUAUAUAUGAAGUUAACCCUAAGGAGGAAGACGGCCUUACAUUCUCUCGACUUCUGUCUUUUAAGUACUCCAGUGCAAUGCAGAAGGUGGAUCCAGAUCACAUUAUUGCUCUGGUUGCUGAAGUAAUACCACAGAAGUCCUGUUUGAUUUUCUGUGCCACUAAGAAGAACUGUGAAAAUGUAGCUGGUAUGAUUUGCAAGUAUUUGAAUAAAGACUUCCUAAAGCACAGGGAGCCAGAGAAAGCUGCACUCCUGGCUGAGCUAAAGGACAGUGGAAGUGGCUGUCUAUGUCCCGUGCUGCAGAAGACUGUGCCCUAUGGCCUGGCAUACCAUCACAGCGGUCUGACCAGUGAUGAGAGGAAGCUGGUGGAGGAAGCCUACUCCUCAGGGGUGCUCUGCCUCCUCACCUGCACCUCCACCCUGGCUGCAGGCAUCAACCUGCCUGCCUGCAGGGUUAUACUCCGCUCCCCUUAUGUGGGUGCAGACUUCUUAAAGAGGAGUCAGUACAAACAGAUGGUGGGAAGAGCAGGACGUGCUGGACUUGAUUCAGUGGGUGAGAGUAUCCUCAUCCUACAGGACAAAGACAAAGACAAGGUUAAGAACCUAGUGUCUGCACCAAUGGAGACCUGCUACAGCAACCUUCUGCAUGACGGGAAUAGAGGUCUUCUAAGUCUCAUCCUUUCCCUCAUCGGCCUUAAUGUAACCCAGACUGUGGAGCAGGUGCUGGGUUUCAUGUCUGGGACGUUACUCAGUGUGCAAGAGGUUCAGGUUUGUCAGCAGAAAACACUUAAGGAGCUCAUACAGGAGUCAACAGAAAUACUGAAACAAAAGGGUCUCAUUGAAGCUUCUUCAUAUGUGCCUGAUAAUGCUAUUCUGCAAAUCACCAGGCUUGGCAGAGCAACAUUUAAAGGUUCUAUACAUUUAAGCUAUUGUGAUGUACUCUACAAAGAUUUGUCAAAAGGUCUGGAGGGUUUACUGCUCAAUAGUUUCAUGCAUUUGGUCUAUCUGGUCACCCCUUACGACAUGGUUUCCCUAUGCAAGCCAGACUGGAUGAUAUAUUUUAGAGAGUUCACAAAGCUGUCUGCUGCUGAGCAGAAAAUCGCAGCAGCUCUCGGUGUGCCCGAGAGCUUUGUGGCUAGAAAAGCAGCUGGACAGAGUGUGAGAAAGUGUGUGGAUGCUGUGGUGGUGACUAGGCUGUACUUGGCUCUGGUGCUUUAUUCCUUGCUGAGGGAGACCACCCUGUGGAACAUCUCUGACAGGUUCCAGCUGACCCGGGGUUUUGUCCAGGCUCUUCUCAGUUCCGCCUCAGCCUUCUGCUCCUGUGUGCUGCACUUCACCGAGGAGCUGGAGGAGUUCUGGGCCUUUAAGGCCCUCCUCACCGAGCUGACCCGUAGGCUGACCUACUGUGUGCAGGCCGAGCUCAUCCCCCUGAUGGAGGUAGCCGGAGUGAUGGAGUUCCGAGCCAAGCAGCUGUACAAUGCUGGGUACAAGACACUGGCUCAUCUUGCCAAUGCUGACCCAAAUGUUUUGGUCAACAGUAUGGAGAACCUCUAUAAGAAGCAAGCCAAUCAGAUUGUAUCCUCAGCAAAAAUGCUGUUACAGGAGAAAGCAGAGACGCUACAGCAGGAGGUGGACGACCUGCUCAUGUUACCUAAUGACCUCCCGUCUGUCUAACAUUUGUCUUUUAUGUAAUUUAAUGUGUAUAUUGUUUUACCGUUCUGUAUCAGUGCUAGCCCAUGUGGCUAAAUUAAAAUACGAAAAAAAGUAAGCUUA